UGUUCUGAUCAUGCAGUUUGCAUGAAAACUUUUUUCUCAUAUGUAGUCAGAUACUUGCAAGGCAUGAGUACAUAAUAUCAGAGGCUGGUAGGUAUGGACCAUUAGAUUAGAUUUACAGCUACAUAUAUUAUGUUUGUUAGGAUUCUGAGGUUCUGAAAGCAUCAGGUAGGGCAAUGGGUUAACCUCCUAGCUCACUGCAAUCCAGUAGUAAGUACAAAAGAAAAGGCAGAAAGAUUUUGGCAGCAUAUCAUUUUGGAUCCAGUUGGGAUGGAUGAUGGCUGAUGUUGAGGAGAUGUCUACUAAAGGUCUACUUUGCAUGGUUCCUCAAGAAGAAUACGUUUCCUGUGUGGAUCCUCUGGAUGUACAAAGAGCAAUUGCUUUGCUGGAGCUAAGCAGAUUAUUUCAUGCUGCUGAAGGUCUCAGGAAGGACUACAUCUGCCUGGGGGUCCUGUGGAUGGUUCUUCUUUAAGGCUUGCGUGAACAUCGGGGCAUAAAGCGAUUUGCGCUAAUGACAAUCACAUUGUGCAGGGAAGGCUUCCUGCCUAGUUUUUGGAACCUGGAUUUCUGGAAUUCGGAGCUGGAUUGGAACUUUUUUCUCCCAAGAUUUGAGGAUUGUCUCCAACUUUUUUUUUUUGUAUGAUCUCAUAGGAGUAAUACAUCAGGGAUAGCACCAACUAGUAGGGGGAAAUCAGCAAUGUGGGGUUCUUGGGUGUGCAAUGAGAAAAUCCACCUAAGACUUAAGUUUCCAAAAAUAAUGGCAGCAGCCACGAGGAUGUGCCUCAUAUUGGGAUGUGUCCUAAUUAUGGGUCCGUGGCUUAUCUGUGGUGAGCUUCCCCUACCUGUAAUCUCACCAACAAGUGACCAAACCCUACGGUUGCAUGAUUCUUUUUCCAUCAAUUGCACUGGGGAUAGCGAACUGGACUGGGACUUCCCCAGCUCGAUGACUAAUGACGAUAACAACGUGGUCACUCGCAGUGAGGAGAACAACAGCGGCUUAUUUCUGUCUGUGUUAGAAGUGAAGAAUGCUUCUGCCCAUCAUACUGGAGCCUAUACCUGCUAUUACCGUGACCUCCAGAUUGAUGACAGCGAGAUCAAAGGCUCAGAAAUAUAUGUCUAUGUCCCAGAUCCUGCAGUGCCCUUUGUCCCAUCUGUCUUGUUUGACCACAUCAUUCUAGUAUCAGAAGAUGAAAUUGCCAUCAUUGCAUGCCGGGUCACGGAUCUCAAUCUCCAAGUGACUUUAAGGAACAAAGAUGAUGGCAAAAUUGUACAUGCCCUCUAUGAUAGCAAGAAAGGCUUUCUUGGGAUCUUCCCCUCAGGUUCCUAUGUCUGUGAAACAACAGUCAGUGGUGUGCUCUUCAAAACCGAAGAAUUCAUAGUACAAACCUGGAAAGCAAAUAAAAACAUCAGUGUGGAGAUGGAAGCAACAAAGACAGUUUUCAGAUCAGGAGAAACCAUCACCAUCUCCUGUGUUGUCCUUGAAAAUGAGGUUGUUAAUUUGGAAUGGAAAUACCCAGGGGAGCAGAGGAAGGUCGGUAUCAAAAAGGUUGAAGAAACCAAACUUCCUAAGGUGAGGCUGGAAUAUACACUCACCAUACCAAAUGCCACAGUCAUGGAUUCUGGGGAAUAUGAGUGUGUGGUCACUAGUGCUAUAGAUGAUGUUACGGAAGUGGAAAAGAUCAGCGUGACAGUUCAUGAUAAAGGGUUUAUAAACCUGACACCUAACUUUGGAUUACUGGAAUUUGCCAACCUACACGAAGUAAAAAGUUUCUCAGUGGAUGUUCAUGCUUAUCCAAUUCCCAAAAUGUUCUGGUUAAAGGACAAUUUAACACUAAAUAAGAGCCUGACAGAGAUCACCACCAGCACACUUGUUACAGAGGAAGCUCGGUACAUAGCCAUGUUGCAACUCAUACGUGCCAAGGAAGAAGACAGUGGGCUUUACACACUUGUAGCUCAAAAUGAUGCCGAAAAUAAAACAUACUCAUUUGAACUGCAAAUUAAAGUCCCAGCAUUGAUAUUACAAUUGGCGGAUGAUCAUCACGGAUCAACGGGUCAGCAGGCUGUGGAGUGUCUGGCUAAAGGGAUGCCUGUGCCUGAUGUGGAAUGGAUGGUCUGCAAAGAUAUCAAAAGGUGCAAUAAUGAUUCCUCCUGGUCCAUUCUGGUAACCAAUGGUUCAGAGAUCAGCAUGGAGACUCAUCAGGACCAUGACAACAUCAUAAAGAGUCAAGUGACCUUCAAGAAAGUGGAGGAGACGGUGGCAAUUCGGUGCAUAGCAAGGAAUGAUCAAGCUGCUGUGGCAAGGGAGCUGAAGUUGGUCGCACCUUCACUACGCUCAGAACUAACUGUAGCAGCUGCAGUGCUGGUAUUGCUGGUGAUAGUCAUCAUCUCACUCAUAGUCCUUGUCAUCAUAUGGAAACAGAAACCAAGAUAUGAAAUUAGAUGGCGAGUCAUAGAGUCAAUAAGCCCCGAUGGACAUGAGUAUAUCUAUGUGGACCCGAUGCAACUGCCCUAUGAUUCAAGAUGGGAAUUUCAAAGAGAUGGACUUGUUCUCGGGCGAAUCCUCGGAUCUGGUGCCUUUGGUAAAGUAGUGGAAGGCACUGCAUAUGGACUUAGUCGUUCACAGCCUGUGAUGAAAGUAGCUGUAAAAAUGCUGAAGCCUACUGCAAGAUCAAGUGAGAAGCAGGCUCUUAUGUCUGAACUCAAGAUAAUGACACAUCUUGGAGCCCAUCUGAACAUAGUGAAUUUGCUGGGUGCUUGUACCAAGUCAGGACCUAUUUAUAUUAUUACUGAAUAUUGCUUUUAUGGGGACUUGGUGAAUUACCUGCAUAAAAACCGAGAUAAUUUCCAAAGUCGACACCCAGAGAAGCCAAAGAAAGAUCUUGAUAUCUUUGGUCUGAACCCAGUUGAUGAGAGCACAAGGAGCUAUGUGAUUUUAUCAUUUGAAAACAAUGGUGACUACAUGGACAUGAAGCAGGCUGACACCACCCAAUAUGUGCCUAUGUUGGAGAUAAAUGAGGCGUCCAAAUAUUCUGACAUUCAGAGAUCUCUGUAUGACCGCCCUGCCUCUUACAAGAAGAAGCCCAUGUCAGAAGUGAAAAACCUCCUCUCGGAUGAUGGAUUUGAGGGCUUGACUCUACUGGAUUUACUCAGCUUUACAUAUCAGGUUGCCCGCGGCAUGGAGUUUUUAGCAUCUAAAAAUUGUGUACACCGUGACUUGGCAGCUCGCAACGUCCUACUGGCACAUGGGAAAAUUGUGAAGAUCUGUGACUUUGGUCUAGCCAGAGACAUCAUGCAUGAUUCCAAUUAUGUAUCAAAGGGCAGUACUUUCCUCCCGGUCAAGUGGAUGGCACCAGAAAGUAUCUUUGAUAAUCUCUACACAACGCUAAGUGAUGUGUGGUCAUUCGGUAUCCUGCUUUGGGAAAUAUUCUCCCUCGGUGGGACACCUUACCCGGGAAUGGUGGUCGACUCUACAUUCUAUAACAAAAUAAAAAGUGGCUACAGAAUGGCAAAACCUGACCAUGCUACUCAUGAAGUAUAUGACAUUAUGGUGAAGUGUUGGAACAGUGAGCCAGAAAAGAGACCCUCAUUCUAUCAUUUGAGUGAAAUAGUCGAAAGUCUCCUUCCUGGGGAAUACAAAAAGUGUUAUGAGAAAGUUCUUCAUGACUUCUUAAAAAGUGACCAUCCUGCCGUCACUCGUAUGAGAAGUGAUAGUGACAAUUCGUACAUCGGAGUGACCUACAAGAAUGAGCACAAAAUGAAGGACAGAGAAAGCGGCUUUGAUGAGCAGAGACUUAGUGCUGACAGCGGCUACAUUAUUCCCCUACCAGACAUUGACCCAGUGUCAGAGGAUGAAUCCGGCAAGAGAAACAGGCACAGCUCCCAAACAUCUGAUGAAAGUGCAAUUGAAACAGGAUCUAGCAGCUCCACAUUUGUCAAGAGAGAGGACGAGACCAUUGAAGACAUUGAGAUGAUGGAUGACAUUGGUAUAGAUUCAUCAGAUCUAGUUGAAGACAGUUUCCUUUAAGAUAAAAGUCUCGGAAUUCAUUUUACUAACCACAUCAUGAAAUGAUACAGGAAAGGCUGUGAAGUCCAGGGAUUCUAUUUUUUUACUCAGAAAAACCACUUUGUUGCAAUGGACAACAUGAGACCGAGCAAUUUGCCUUGCCAUCCACACACCAAUGUCACAGGUACCGUUUAGGAACUAUUGCCUGUUUCGGAGGCCGUAAUUCAAACUCUUCCCAAUGCAUUUUAUCAACGGUACAUCUUAGCAUCUCAGUAUAUUUUUCCUAUAUAUAUAUUUUUUUUACAUUUGUGGACGGACAUGAAAACAGUGGCUUUGUACUUCAAGGGCAUUCUUUAUUCCAACAGACAUCAACCUGCAGCUGAAUUUCACCAAUGUAUUUAUGUAAAUAAUGAAGAAAUGGAUGUAUCAUUGGGACUAACUAGACCACUCGAGACUUCUAUGUGCUAUAUUUUGUACCAGGAGCUGCUGUUCUAACAUUGGCAAAGACUUUUUCAAACCACUUAAAGAGACUUAAGACAUCUCAGAAUAUUUGCAUCUCUUCAAGGUUGCAAAUGUAAACCGAAAGGUUGGGGUUGUCUAUACCUCAUCUCUAUAGACACCAUCCUAAAUGUUGUUUUGUGCAAAGUAACACAAAUAACACUAUUAACACUAAAUGAUUUUUUUUAAAUCAUGGGAACUAUUAUUUUUAAUCCGACUGACUUUAAGGACUACCUUAACUAACAGGAAGCCGGGGGUAUUUUUCUGUGCAUUAAUAGGGUACUUCUUACAUAUUAAAUAACGGUUUAAGCAGAAUAAUAUAUAACAGAACUGACUUUUGAUUUAGGAGAAAACAAUUGACCACUAGAGCCUCCGUAGAAAAGACAGAGCUAAAAUAGAUUGUGACUUGUUCUAGCAUAGUAUUUUUAAACUUUUAACUACAUAGAUGUGUGUAAUUUUAUAAGGAGAACUGGAUUCAUCUCCAUCAGCCCUAGUACAAUCUAUAAAACAAACUGGUAUAGAAAUACUCCGGAAUAGCUGCUGUUAUAUAGCUCAAUAGGUUGGAAGUCUACAUCAAAUUCAACCUUUGUAGUCUUGGCUUAGAAAAAUUCAGUAACUAUGGAAAAUUUGGUUCCAGAGUAAAAGAAAAAGCCUGACCCUUAAAAAAAACAUGGGUCAAUAAUUUACCAUGGUGCAUGGAGCCAGAAAAAUAUCCAGAAUUUUAAAUGUGUGGUUCAAAGUGCGAGAACAUUUUAGCAAAUUUAUUUCAGUUCGUGAAAAUGCAGAAGGACAAACUCAUCUCAUGAAUUAUUGCUAUCAGUAAUUUCUACAGUUCCCAAAACAUACUAAAAACAAGGUCCACUAAAAUCCCUUUAGGGUACAGCCACACGGUGGCUUUUGGAAAAGGUUUUGAAGCAGAUCUGGCUGCAGGGUUUUCAGCCAAAGCCAGAAGUGGAUUCGAAAGAAAUUAGAAAUUUAAAGAAAGGAUUUAUACUUCUUAUGGCCUUGGUAGAAAAUCCUGCAGAGAGAUCUUCUUUAAAACCUUACUAUUAAUGGAUCUGACCAGUUAACAGUGGAUGAAUUUGCAUGUAGUAAGGUAAGACCCUCCAAUAAGGCAGGUCGUAAUGCAACAAUGACAUCAAAUAAACCUCUAUCAUUGGAGGAAUCUCAGUUACCUUAUUCCUAUUUCUUUUGGUCGUGUGACAUUCCAGAUUGAUUUGCAGUUCUGUCUUGGAUUAUCAGAAUUUCAGGGCCAUAUGAUGCUGGAAUACAGACGUUUUUGCUGGAUCUGAAAAAUAUUUUUUGCUACCUUUAAAUUUUCCUAGAGAGGAACAGUGUUAGACACCUUGCACACAUGGGAAUGUCAUAUACAAUUGAUUGCAGUUUUUGUACCUAUUAGGUUGGGUCCAUUCACAUCACCGUUUAAUUUUCAGUUCUUCUGAUCCAUCAGAAGAACAGAAAAAUAAAUAAAGGCUGAACUUGUUUUUGCAGGCAUUUUUAUUCCAUCGAAAAUAACAGAUUUCAGACAUUAAUGGCUAAAAUGGGGGCCAAAAGUGAAUAAAUGAGCAUAACGGAUGCUUAAAAUACAGGAUCCGUUUUAUAUUUAUUUUUCUGUUUUUCUGAUGGAUCAGAAGAAUGGAAAAAUAAAAGGUGAUGUGAACCCGGACUAACAUUGUUUUUUUCUAACCAUUAACCACAUAUGAAUCUAGGUUGUUUUAACACAAUCCAGCUGAUAUACAAUGUAAACUGGAAAAUGGUUCAAGGAACCAAUGAAAAGGACCAAAUGUACUUGUGUUUAUCGGUGUUUGGGUUGUGACUUCACUAUACAUUCCACCAGAUAUUAUAACAUUAUUUGUUGUAGUAAUGGGAGCAGAAAUACUGCCAUAUAUUGUUAUCAUGUUACAAUCCCAUAUUCUCCAGGAAACAGGAAUAAAUGCUUUUCAAUGAGUUUUAUGUAAAAAAAAAAGUCCUACUUUGUUAUGAAGGACGUAAGCUAAUAUGAUGUUAUACAUCAAUUUGUAUAUUUUAUUACAAUAUAGUCCUUAAAUACUGCCAAAACAAUUAUGUUAAGCUGUAUCACUGCCUUUGUUAUAUGUGUUUUGACUGUGAUGUACUCCACAGAUGCGUUAACUGUUGCACUUUUAAAUGUCCAAAAUUAUAUUUUAGAAUAAUAAAAACCUAUGUGUUUCUAAGAUGGAACAGAG